AUGUUCCGAUUCGUGCCCCAAAUCGCCUUGCGAGCUACCAGGCUCCCGUCAUACCCAAAACAUGUCCCCUGGAGACCAUUCGCCACCACCAAACUUCGUCUCCAACAGCACAUCGACCCCCAGCAGCAGAAACAGAUGAUGGACACCAUGAAGAAGCAAUACGAAGAUAAGCACCCGGAAGAGGUGGAAGCGAUGGAGAAAGAGGUCGAGGAGAUGUGCCAGCGGGUCCAGUCGAAAAUUGACGAAACCCACUACAUCUGCGUCGAGCAGAGGGCCAGUUUCCCCUUACCGUCGGACCAGGGCGACCAAUUAAAGCCAGCGCAACGGUACCUGAUCAUCUACAAGUAUAUGCUCAACGAGUUUGUCAACCAGUGUGGGAUGAGCCAGCAGCUUGGCCACAACCGUCCGCCUCCGGAUAAAUUGAUCGAGGAGAUCUCGGAGACGUUUUCGGCGCUCCACCCUGAUGUUGAGCCCAUCACCUCGCACGACAUCCUUCCGUAUUUCCAUUUGUACUGGGCGGUAGCCCACGAUAUCUUGAAACCGACUGAAUUGGUGUUCCAGGCCCCUCCCGUGGAAGAAGUAUGGAAGUUAAGCCAACAAGGAAAAUCGGCCGAGGAGACUACUCAACUGACGAGAUUGGACGCUGAAGUGGUCCAAUCUUGGUACCAAGUCUUUGACACCAUCGCCCAGACGCCUAAGGCCUCGCCGCUGAACCCGUUGGUGUGUCUGUUAUGUCCCGUCGAGUUCAGCAAGAUCCUCGCCUGUCUGGAAGAGAUCUACGGUUUGCAACAGCGUCUUGCUGAUUUGGAGAAGGAAGUGGUGGAAACCCCCGCCGAAGGUGACCUUGAACGGUUAUUCUACUUGGUCGGGGUCCACGAACGGUUCGACGCCUUGAUCCCCGAACUUGGCGUUAGCGACAAGUCUGAGGAAAAGAAGUGA